UCGAGGAAUCCAAAGCCCUUCGUCGUUGGAAAGGAGGGCUGGUCGUCUUGGUCUACUCUUCGAUCUUGCUCUUUUUCAGGUAAAGAAAAUGGCUGACAGUGAGGAUAUCCAGCCUCUCGUUUGUGAUAAUGGUACUGGAAUGGUUAAGGCUGGUUUUGCUGGUGAUGAUGCACCAAGAGCAGUAUUUCCCAGUAUUGUAGGCCGACCUCGUCAUACUGGUGUCAUGGUUGGUAUGGGCCAGAAGGACGCUUAUGUGGGUGAUGAGGCGCAAUCUAAACGAGGUAUCCUCACCUUAAAGUACCCAAUUGAACAUGGAAUUGUCAGCAAUUGGGAUGAUAUGGAGAAGAUUUGGCAUCAUACCUUCUACAAUGAGCUUCGUGUUGCACCUGAGGAGCACCCUGUAUUACUUACUGAAGCACCUCUCAAUCCCAAGGCCAACAGAGAGAAGAUGACUCAGAUUAUGUUUGAGACCUUUAAUUCCCCAGCUAUGUAUGUUGCAAUCCAGGCUGUGCUGUCCUUGUACGCGAGUGGUCGCACAACUGGUAUUGUGCUUGAUUCUGGUGAUGGUGUGAGCCAUACUGUCCCAAUCUAUGAGGGAUAUGCCCUUCCACAUGCCAUACUCCGGCUUGAUCUUGCUGGUCGUGAUCUCACUGAUGCCUUGAUGAAGAUUCUCACUGAAAGAGGCUACUCCUUUACCACCACCGCUGAGCGGGAAAUUGUAAGGGAUGUGAAGGAGAAGCUUGCGUAUGUUGCACUUGAUUAUGAGCAGGAACUUGAGACCGCCAAGACCAGUUCUUCAGUAGAGAAAACUUAUGAGCUGCCUGAUGGUCAGAUCAUCACUAUCGGUGCAGAGAGGUUCCGUUGUCCAGAGGUCCUCUUCCAGCCAUCCCUGAUUGGAAUGGAAGCUGCAGGCAUCCAUGAGACCACCUACAACUCCAUCAUGAAGUGUGAUGUUGAUAUCAGGAAGGACUUGUAUGGCAAUAUAGUGCUCAGUGGGGGCUCUACAAUGUUUCCUGGCAUUGCCGAUCGGAUGAGCAAGGAGAUUACUGCCCUUGCUCCAAGCAGCAUGAAAAUCAAGGUAGUUGCACCACCUGAACGCAAGUACAGUGUCUGGAUUGGAGGAUCCAUCCUUGCUUCUCUGAGCACCUUCCAACAGAUGUGGAUAUCUAAAGCUGAGUAUGAUGAAUCUGGUCCUUCAAUCGUCCACAGGAAGUGUUUCUGAGCCGCUGAGUUCUUCCUUAGUGUUGUUCUUUUUGUAUGGUUUGAUCAAAUUAUGGGUUUUCUGGUUUGUCGGUGGCUUGAAGAGUUUGCUUGUUCGAUGUGCUUGUAGUGGUACACCCUUUGUAGCAGCUUUUCCCAAUUUAGUUGAGGUUGUAGCUGUUUAAGUGUUUGCAUUUUAUUUUAUUUUAUUUUAUUUUAUAAAUUAAUUUUAUUUUAUUUUUCCAAUUUGGUGGGCGUUGUAGUUUUGGCGUUAGCUGAAUGGUAUGUAAUUUCCAUUAUCAUGUCAAUGUAAUUUUCUAGCGCGAGAUGUUUGAA